CUGAUGGAGCCAUGGCGAAGUUUUAAGCUGACAAGUUGCAGCGCUGGGUGCUUUCUCUACUUGCGUUUUGGUACAUGAUCGAGCAUGUACCUAGUGACGUUAGCGUGUGGGGCAAUCUGUUAAGCAAUUGGGGCGCUGAUAAGGAGCGUAUCGAGGACGGCGCAGUUGCGCGAGUAGCCCGUCUAGCGGUUGGCAACGCGUGUCACCACUUGAAGAGCCUGGGUUUUCUGGCCCACUGAGGCCGAGCAACGGACACUGCAGCGGGCAGCGCGUGAUGCUGGCGACGCCCUACAAGGUGUUGUGUGGAGUGAUGAACGUGGCCUUAUGCUGAUGCCGUCCGGUCAAGUGUGGAUCCCGCUCGACGCGGGCGACCUGCAACAGCGUCUAUGCGUGAUAGCACACGCAGGUGCUAGCGGCCACAGAGGUGCCCAUUCAACCGCGCAAGCUCUCGAGACUGUGCUUUUCUGGACAUUUA